UCCGCCGUCGGGACGUUCAGAACCCGCCCCUUUCCCUGUCCCACCUUUUGAGAGAGGUGGGGAAAGCUGCCUGGAGGAGUGAGAGCGACGUCCGCUAUUGACUAAUGGGGGGAUUUGAUAGUGUGAGGUGGGAGUAAGAGUGACAGCGAUUGGUCGGCCGUGGUUAUCUGCGCCUAGGCGGGAGCUCCUGGAAGCGGAGGCAGCGGGUGGGGGCCUAGUGGACUGGAGGGGUAACAAGAUGGCGGCGGAGACGGUGGAGCUCCAUAAACUGAAGCUUGCUGAACUAAAGCAGGAAUGUCUUGCUCGUGGCUUGGAGACCAAGGGAAUAAAACAAGAUCUCAUCAACCGGCUCCAGGCAUAUCUUGAAGAGCAUGCUGAAGAGGAGGCAAAUGAAGAAGAUGUACUGGGAGAUGAAACAGAGGAAGAAGAACCAAAGCCCAUAGAACUGCCUGUCAAAGAGGAAGAACCCCCUGAGAAAACUGUUGAUGUGGCAGCAGAGAAGAAAGUGGUAAAAAUUAUAUCUGAGAUACCACAGACUGAGAGAAUGCAGAAGAGAGCUGAACGAUUCAAUGUACCUGUGAGCUUGGAGAGUAAGAAAGCUGCCCGGGCAGCAAGAUUUGGGAUUUCUUCAGUUCCAUCAAAAGGUCUGUCAUCUGAUGCCAAGCCUAUGGUUAACCUGGAUAAACUAAAGGAAAGAGCCCAAAGGUUUGGUUUGAAUGUCUCUUCAAUAUCCAGAAAGUCUGAAGAUGAUGAGAAACUGAAAAAGAGGAAGGAGCGAUUUGGGAUUGUUACAAGUUCAGCUGGAACAGGAACCACAGAGGAUACAGAGGCAAAGAAGAGGAAAAGGGCAGAGCGCUUUGGGAUUGCCUGAUGAAAAGCUCUUAAUGCUUUCUGUUCUCCAGUGGUUUCCAACUCUCUGACUUUUCUUGGUCAUAUAUAUACCUAAAUGCACAGUCAUGUGCCUAGGUUCUGCCUCGCAGUGAGAGAGCAUGUACCCUGGGUACAUCCAGGAACUUCAGCAGCAGUUUGACUCAUUGCUGUUCCAACUUUAAGGUGGUUGUUGUUGUUGUUUUUUAAUUAUUAUUUUGCUUGUUAAUAAAAAACAAAUAGAAAAGAAAACAAUGUGUUUUAUUAGGUGCUCCUUUGGGUUCUUAGAGCCAGAUUAGACCAGAUAAGGGGAGCUUCAGGGACAAAUAUUACAGGGAAUUAGCCAUAAUACCUUUAUUCUUUAGAAAAGAGAACAAGGAAAAGGAUUUGAGUAUUCCUUUAAGCCUAUUUAUUCCCUUCUCUCAUACACACAGGCAUCUUUAUAUACUCUUUAUCCUCCAUGAAGAGGCCAAGUUUCACCCUGAAUCUUUGCUUUGGCAGGUUGGCAUGACCCAUUGGGGUAAAAUAGGGGGAACACUGAGUUUUAGGUGUAAAGGAUAUAAAUAUAAGGGCUGAUGAUUGCUAGUCUAUUAUGGAAUGGAAUCCAGAAGGGCUCUGUUUUCAAGAGUGACCUGGUGAGAUACUGUCUGGUUUUAGCCAAGGCAGUAUGUAGGACCCUGUUGGUUGUGCAGUUCAGGAAGGGAGAUGGGCUGGGUAUACCUCAGAGCUAGAAGAAAGUGUAGGGAUUCAAAGCAUGACAGGAUGUUAGAGGUGUUAAGUAUUGUUGUCUAGAUCAUUGGGAAUAUGAGCAGUGGACUGGCGGCCUCUACUUUUUUUUUUUUUUUUAAAGUUUUGUGUGUAUGUGUGUGUAAGUAAUCUCUACACCUAGCAUGGGGCUCAAACUCAGGACCCCAAAAUCAAGAGAUCAAAAGCUGCAUGAUUUUCGACUGAACCAACCAGGUGCCCCUGGAGGUUUCUAUUUUCUUUUCUUUUUUUUUUUUUAAGAUUUUGUUUAUUUAUUUGACAGAGAGCGAGAUCGUGAGAGAGGGAGCACAAGUAGGGGGGAGUGGGAGAGUGAGAAGCAGACUUCCCCCUAAGCAGGGAGCCUGAUGUGGGGCUCGAUCCCAGGACCCUGGGAUCAUGACCUGAGCCGAAGGCAGACGCUUAACAACUGAGCCACUCAGGCGCCCCAGUUUCUAUUUUCUAAUCGAGUCCUGUGCUAGUUUGUCUUCUUCCAUUACAGAAGUAUACAGUUUUAGUUUCAGCGUUUCUUAAAUAUUACCAAAAUCCGUUUUCCUUGCUGAGCCUCCUACUUAGAAAGGUUUGACUCUCUCCAAGCAGGCUGCCUGUUUGCAUUUAAUGUUUCACCAAGAUCUGAGACAUGCUACUUUUCUUUUUGGGUAUGUUGGUGUAGGGUUUCUCCUCUUAAUCUUUAUUUCUGGACAUCUGUAUCAGGUUGGUUUUUGUUUGAGAAUUAAGAGCCUGGCACCUUACCUGAAGACUUUGAUACCUUGAUCAGAUCCUGUGUUGCUGUGGUGUAAUUCCUUAUUUCCAUUUCUACUAUAACCUCCCUGGUUUUGUGAUUAAUAGAAUAGAAAAGUAAUGGUUUGAUCCCCUUCCUAACAAGAAUCUCAUUCCACAAAGUCUCUUUGGUUGCUGAGUAGGGCAGGGACCUAAGUUUAGAUGUUUUAGGAAAACUGUGCCUUGGAGAGCAGAUGCAAAGAUUGCCCAUUUAUUGUGAAUUUUGCCCCAAUUUGAUUUUGGAGAGGUGAACAAAAGGGAACACUGGUUAAACAUUUCCUUCCCUCCCUUCCCUCUGGCCUCUUUUGUUUGCCUUCCUUUUCUUUUCUCCAGGCCCUGAUCUUGAGGCUAACUUUUCUCUCUCUACUCUUAUUUCUCUCUGAAAACAGAGCCACAGAAAAUUAGUUGUUUUGUAGCUUGAGAGAGAGAGAGAUUCAGUAAGGGUUUUCUACCCAAGGAUGGGAAAAUAAGAAAUAGGUAAAGAAAUAGAACACUGGGUCCUUCAGAAGUUUUCUUCACUUUGUCUCUAUCUUCUAAAACCUUCCAGAAGGGAAUUCAGCCUUCCCCCAGGAUUCUCUUUCUGAAGGUUAAUCAUUCUUUUCCCCACUCAACUCACUACCCCAAAUCUUUGAUACUGUAUUUUUUCUCAAUUUGUGGAUUUUUAAAUAACUUUUUUCAUCCCGUUCCAGCAGCUGUUCUGUCAAUAAGUCUCUCACCUCCAAGCCUGAUCACCAAAUCUUCCUCUUCCUGUCUCAUGGUAGUCAUUCCAUGCAUACUUUUUGAGCAUGAAAGUUCAGGGUGCCUAUGUCUUUUUUUUACUAAUUCAGUCUUAAAAUAGUAAGUCCCUUUAAAAGCAUCCAGGCUUGCAGUUCUUUAUCUGGGAUCCAAGUACCCUUCCUUCCUAUCCCCCAGUCGCCCUGGUGUAGUUGAUCUAGGAUUCAUAUGCAGUUAGCUGACUCCAGUCUUUUCCCUGUCCUGAAGCUGUGACAUUCUCUGCAUACCUGGGAGCUCUUAAUGAGGGAGUCUAUAAAAGAUAUGGAGGGAACUAGCUUCCUCAGCUAUAAAUCUGCACCUUUUUAUGGUUCUCUAAGAACCAUGGGAUCGGUUUCUUUUUCUCCACCAUCACUCUAAAUUGCCCUUCCCCCUACCCCAACUCCUGGGAACUUUUGAAUAUACAACACUAGAAGCUUUUGUAGGGGUGAGAGCUAUAGGAAGGAAGAUGUGAAUAAGAGCAGGACUUCUCAGGGUUGAGUCCUAUUGCCAUGUCUGACAUGAGAAACAGAUGAGGGGGAAGGAAGGAACUUAUAUAAGGGAGAAUAACUUUUUCUCUAUUCUCUUUCAUGUGGACCUCUGACAGACAAUGUUGUUCCCUCUGAUUAUUGAAAUCCGCUAAAAUGUAACCUCCCCUUCUUGCUACAUGUCCACAUUCUUGUUUUUCGUUUCAGAGGGAUUGAAAAAUAAUGGCAGGUUUCACACCUUUGCAGACCCUUUGUGCCCAAGGUGGAUCCCAGCUGUCUCUUUAUUUCUUUUCUUGUCCUUUGCUUUCCUUGCCUUUAGUUUUUCAGCUUCUUAGAUUACUAUUAAUAGAGUAGAAUAUUGUGUAGUACUUAGGUGUAAUUCGUUCUAAGAUCUAGCUCUGCUGGCUCUGAGACUGGGCAGAUCAUUCCAUGACUCUUUCCAGUACCAAUAGCAAGUGACCCUAUUGUGAAGGUUGCUCUGAGAAUUGAUAAUAGAUUAUAUAUUCAGCACAAUUUGCUUACCAUAGUUUGCAUAGUAAUCAUUCAGUAAGCUCUUUUACUAGGUGAUUUACAGUGGAAAUACUUCUUUUCCCUGAGUAGGUUCCAGCUAGAGGGUAGGGAGGGAGCUGAGUGGACUCAUUUGAACGUGUUGGGGCACUGCAUGUAUAGGUGCAUUUAGGGGUUCUGAGAGUGGGAAGAGGUGGGAGUCCCAGUUGCUCGGUUAUCCCACCUCAUAGGCAGGAAAGCUGACCUUGUAGCCUGGGGCAUUGACUUCCCUGCUUCUGCCUCACUACAGAUCAGAAGCUGUAAAUGCUAUUGCCUGCUGGUUCUUUGCUUGGGGCCCUGACAUCCAACAAACAGGCCAAGGAACAGUAUAGGAUAGCUAGCUACUCAUGCAUCGGGUUGGAGGUUGUUUAGGGAUAAAAGUCAUCUGGCAAUCUCUUCUGGGUAUCCUUUCAACAUAGGAAACAAUGAGCAGUGAGGGAGAAAACCUAUUUUUAGCUCAAGCCAAAAGCUAGGAGUAGGUGUGGAUAAAAAUUCUUUGGGAAGAUACCAUAUGUAGCACUUUUAUCUUCCCUCAACCUCACUCUUGUAGUUGGUCUGCGGUGGGGUCAGUCUACUGACAGAACUGAUAGGACAGGGAGAGUAUGGUGGCACACUGACCCAGCAGUGGCCCUGGCCCCCAUUAUGGAUCAGGUCAAUGUGACAAGAGCUGUCCUUGUUCUUUUUCAAAUGUGAGUUAGGCAAGAUUCUUUUGUUUUAGGUACACAGGAGACAUUUUUAUGGUGAAAUCAAAGACUAUUUGAGAUGCCUAACCAUCUUGGUACAUUUACAAUUUGAAUGGCUAUGUUGGUUUGGUUUGUGGAUUUUGGUGAAACUUAGUUAAGGAAACAGGAUCAGGGAACUAUGGAAGAAUGGGACUGACAUUAGCUGGAUUAUCUUAAGAGAAAUUUUAGAUCUUCUGUUAUGUGAAGGCUGGGAGAGGGUUUUGGUAAUCUUUGGGACUGUUUUGGAUCAAGUUUUCCAGAGAAGAGUUGUUCUAGGUCCCUUCCCUUUCCCAUUCUCUGCCCAUCCUCCCUUGGACUGUAUGUCCUCACCCUCAUUCCAUAUGCCCCUAGUGUUUUUUUCUUGCUCCAAAGAGCCCCAUGUUCUUAUUCCUUGAGCACAAGGUUUCAUCCUUUCUCAGAUCCUCUUUUGUUCUGGUCUCCAAGGUGUAAAUGUGGUGCUUGAUUAGGGAGAAGAAUUCAUCACUGAAUUCUAAACUCUUUGACUGCUUUUAUUUAUUAUUUUUUUUCAGGUUCAAGUGCUGGAUUGUGUCAUGUGACCAUCCCAAAACUCAGAGCACCCUAUGGCCAUCUUUGCCCUCUGUCACAUAACUUGAAAACUGCCUGAUGGCCUUUUUGCAAUGGUUCCCUCCAGGAAGCCUUGAUCUCAGUGAAGAAGUCCUUUCCCGGCAUUCCAGUGCCCCUGUCACCCCCAUACUCCUCAGUCACCCUUAACAAACAAAGGCAAUCACACACAUGGUGUAACAAAUACACAAAGUAAAUAAUAAUUACACUACCUAUGAUCAGAGGGGCACUGGCCAGGUCCACACACAUCAUAACGUGGGAGAAGGGUUGCUAAUUCCCACUAGGUUGCUGGACUGUGCCCCCAAGCCUCUUUACCCCAUGCCUCUUUGGGGGUGAGGAGGACCAAGGGAAUGAGACUUCAACUCAUAAUUUAUGUUCAGAAGAAAAAGACCCUUCCCCCCCCACACAAAGGUCUUUAUUUGGCGGUGUUAAAGGGGCAUAUUGUAAGUGUCCCCCAAGUCUAAUGCUCCAGCUCUCUAGAAUUUGUAGAGGGAAGUCACCUGAUGUCUAUUGUCCAACCCCCACCCUGUGCCAAGAUCAAGAGACAUGAGCAUUUGAUCUUGGAGGAGGCAUCUUCUGUUCUUCUCUGUUCCUCUCCUUCAACCAAGGAAAUGUGAAUGGUGUUGAUGGUCAGGUGUAUCUUGUUCUCCAAGGUUGGGGUAGAAGGAUGGAAGAACAGGGCCAGAGAGGAGAGGCUGGGGGUUAGCGUAGCUGUUACAUGGGAGGCGAGUUGAAAAGCUUAACAGCCCCUGCCCAUUCCUGUACCAAAAUACCUCAUCUCACUUUUCACUAUGGGAAUGGGAAGAAGAUACUAAAGCUCACCAACAUCACCUUCCCAAGGGUGGUCAGAUACCUUUGCCCCUUCCACCAUCUGGGCCAGACAGGAGAGUCAUCUCUUGGGAAGAACAAGCCUUCCAGGUCAGCUCUCCAGGUCAGGCUUUAGUUCAGUACUGUUUUCGUCAGACCCAUAACUGCUGGCUCUACUUAGAGUGAUAGUUUUGCUGAAGGUUCUGGACCUACUCUCUUGACAUCCUCUCUUGACAUUCUCUAGGCUCUUGCCUGGAGCCAAGAGGUCUGGUGGUGAGGUAUGGAUAGGGUGUGGAUCAGGAGAUUUCUCAACUCCUUAGCUUCAGGCACUGUCUGUCUGAGAGGCAGAGGGGAACUUGUACUCUGAAGCCUGUGACUCCUCUAAGCCUCACAUCUCUUCACCACUACUCUGGUGCCCUGGUUAUCUGUUCCACAGCGAGAGGUAUUUUAUGUCCAUAAAGUGCCCGUGGUAAGUGCUCAGAAUUCAUCUCUUGGCUGUGGCGGGUGCUGCUAUUUCUCAUUCCAUCGAGGGGAAGAAACUGAGGCACAGUGAGUCCAGAGGAUGGUGGGUCAGGAUUGUGGGAGGGAUGAAUAGGCCCAGCUAGUAACUGGGAGUGGCGACCAGUCCCUGCCUGCUUCCUAGCCUUCCAAACCAGGGAGUCUCCAUCCUUCCAAUCCUCUGCUCUAACUGGCCUUGUCAGAUGCUUUUCCCUUCCCCACUGUAUUGUCCCCUCCCUGCUGCCAGGUACUGCUAGAUUCCAAAAAUAAAAGAUAAAAAUAAUUAUAGACACUCUGCUCCCUUGUUCUCCCCCCUUCCACCCUGAGCUUUGGGGUUGGGGGAACUAAAAUGUCCCCCCUCCGGAAUCCCUUCCAUCUUGGUCUGCUGGCUCUAUUCCCUAGCCCAGAGCAGUGAUUUGGAUUCAAAUGCUCUGUAACCUUCAAUCUCCUUACUACUCCUUUCUUCACCCCUCCUAACCCUUCCCAGACCUAGGACUCUGGGAUCUCUAUACUCUUUUUAUUGACCUGAAGAUAGAGGCUGGGAGUAGGGGUAUUCCACAGGCUCUUUGGUCUCUCUCUUGGCUGGGGGGAAUUUGGGCAUAUGUGGGCCACACCCUCUGGCUAAAUAACUCAGGACUAUGAGGGUGGAUCUGAGGGUUAGUUUAGUGGCUCUCAUAUAGAUCCUGGAUGUUGAGGGCCCUCCCCUCCCCUUCCCUCCACCCCCAGCUCCUAAACCCUAACCUCGUACUGUUUCUGUGACUGCUGGAAUUCAGUUCAACCCAUUUGGCUCAGGAAGGUCAAGUUGGGUGAUUAUGGGUUGGAAACUUUCAUGUGUUAGCCCUCUUGCCCUCUGCUCCCAUUCCCAACCCUGGAGGCUUUAUACAAGUGCUUAAGUAGGUGGGUAUUGAGGGAGAACAGGGCUUUGGGGAAUAAGGGAGAAAUGGGGCACAGUGGACAGGGGCCCUUCUAUUUCAGUAAAGCCAAAUACCAAAAAAUGAAAAAUCACAAUAAAUAAAUAAAUAAAAUUCCCAAAUCCUUACUUUUGCCCCUGCCCUCACUUCCCUUCCCUGGCCACUGUUGGAGGGAGAAAGGGAAGAAGCUAAGAAUGGAUUUUUGAUUUCCUCCUACUGAGAAUGGUAGUCAGGGGAUCUCCCCAAACCAUACCAAGCCCCUCACCUUGCCAGUGGGAGAAAGGAGGCUGGGUGUGGGGCUUUCUCUUAUUACUCCAUUUCAGCCUCUUUCUCAUCGUUUAUCUCUGCCUGGUCUCUGUCUCUUCUGCCUCUCUCUCCCUUUGCCUUCUCACUGCUGCUCUUUUUGAUCCUCUGUCUCUAUCCCUCUGCUCUACCUCUGUCUCUACGUCUCUCUGUCUUCUUGCCAAACCUUCUCACCUGCAAACCUCAAACACUCCCCACCUGACCAUGCCCCCUCUUCCCCCUGUUCCCCAAACCCCUCACCCAUCAGUCCCCACCUGCCUCCCUCUGUUGUAUUGCACACUGCUUGGGCAGGGAACAAGGUGUGAUGUUCAUGGGAAGAGGUGGAAGGAGCUCUAGGGCCUGGGGGUAGGGAGGUCAGGGCUGGGGGUCUAGGGGUAGGGUCUAUGGGGGAGGCAUCCUCUGUCCCCCACCUUAGGAGCAGCCACAGCGAUCCACCACCAUGCCAGGGAUCUUGCCGUAGAUAAUCUGCUGCUUGUCAUUGAAGUAGAGCAUGUUGAUUGGGGACAUCUUGGUGGGAGUACAGCAGGGCCCAGCAGAGCCUCUUGGAUUAGCCUGUUGCACCAAGUGGGUGUGCGGAUACUUUUGCAUGAACAUGUACUCGCACUGGCCGGAGCAGUAGUUGGCCUUGUAUCGUUUAGGCGCAAUGAUCCAGUCCCAGCCAAAAGCCUCAAAGUCCACUGUGAGGGGGUAUCGGCAGCAGCGGGACUCACUCGAGUGCUCAUCGCAGUCCAGGCCCAGGUUCCGCCGGGACCGUUUUGUGUUCUCUAGGACCCGAAGCUCCAUGAAAGGAUGCUGGGGGUGAGGGAGAGGAGAAAGAGAUGUAAUAGAGCCCUGAAGAGUGCUACUCCCUUUCCUUUCUCAUCUGCCCCUCAACAGGGGCAUCAGAACAGAGACCAUUGCCUUCUCAGCUUUUCCCUUGCUCCUAUACCCAGCCCUAUCUUCUGCCUACUUUUUUCGCAAGCUAGCUAUCUCCUUCAACUCACCUCUAAUUCUCUCCUGGCAACCUGACCCUGAUCAGCCCCCUAUGAGCAACAGCCCAUUUUUGUGUUUUCGUGGAUCUCCCAUUAACACCACCCCAAAUCCAGUUUCUAGCUGUUGCCUGGCUUGUAUCUGAAAAAUGAUAGCUGCCACUCCCCACCCUACCCGCCCCCCAAAAA